GUGUGUGAGUGUGUGUUAGCUCCCCCCCUCUCCUCAGUGUUGUAUAUAUAUGACUGUCUGUCCCACACAAAGAGCAGAACACUGAUGAUCCUCCUCAUCCUCACUGACUGAUGAAGAGCUGCUGAAUCUCUCCUACAUUCACUUCUACACUAAAGGACUCUUUACCGCGGUAAACGCAUCAUGCCUCCCCAGCUGCAGUCACAGAACCGGUCCGCGGCCCGAGUCCUGCAGGGCGACCUGGCGUCUCUGAGUCCGGCGCUGCGAGAGUUCAUCGAGAACAGUGUGAACCUGUGCCAGCCGGACGCGCUGCACAUCUGCGACGGCUCCGACGAGGAGAACCGCGCCGUCCUGCGCCUGCUGGAGGAACAGGGCGUCAUCAAGAAACUCCACAAAUACAACAACUGCUGGCUGGCGCGCACAGACCCGCGGGACGUGGCUCGAGUCGAGAGUAAGACGGUCAUCGUGACUCCGGAGCAGCGAGACACGGUUCCUUCUCCGCGAGGAGGAGGCGUCAGUCAGCUCGGCCGCUGGAUGUCACCGGAGGAAUGGGACAAAGCCAUGAACGUGCGCUUCCCCGGAUGCAUGAAAGGUCGGGUCAUGUACGUGAUCCCGUUCAGCAUGGGUCCGGUCGGUUCUCCGCUCUCUAAGAUCGGCGUGGAACUGACCGACUCUCCGUAUGUUGUGGCCAGCAUGAGGAUCAUGACCCGCGUGGGCAAAGCCGUGCUGAACGCGCUCGGGAACGGAGAGUUCGUGAGAUGCCUGCACUCGGUCGGCUGCCCGCUUCCCCUCAGGAAGCCGCUGGUGAAUAACUGGCCGUGUAACCCGGAUCUCACCCUGAUCGCUCACAUCCCCGACCAGAGGAAGAUCGUGUCGUUCGGCAGCGGCUACGGUGGAAACUCACUGCUGGGAAAGAAGUGCUUCGCUCUUCGAAUCGCGUCCCGCAUCGCUAAAGAGGAGGGCUGGCUGGCCGAACACAUGCUGAUUCUGGGCAUCACUAACCCGGCGGGACAGAAGAAGUACUUUGCGGCGGCGUUCCCGAGCGCCUGUGGAAAGACCAACCUGGCCAUGCUGAACCCGUCGCUGCCGGGCUGGAAGGUGGAGUGUGUCGGAGACGACAUCGCCUGGAUGAAGUUCGACAAAGAAGGGAAUCUCAGAGCCAUCAACCCAGAGAACGGUUUCUUUGGUGUGGCACCAGGAACCUCCACCAAGACAAACCCGAACGCCAUGGACACCAUCCGCCAGAACACCAUCUUCACCAACGUGGCCGAGACCAGCGAUGGAGGCGUUUACUGGGAAGGCAUGGACGAGGAACUGCCGGAGGGAGCGACACUGACGUCCUGGAAGAACCGGCCGUGGACACCAGAGGACGGUGAACCGUGCGCUCAUCCCAACUCUCGCUUCUGCACGCCGGCCGCUCAGUGUCCCAUCAUCGACCCGCAGUGGGAGUCUCCCGAAGGCGUUCCCAUCGAGGCUGUGAUCUUCGGCGGUCGGCGGCCGCAGGGCGUCCCGCUGGUCUACGAGGCCUUCGAUUGGUCGCACGGAGUGUUUGUGGGAGCCGCGAUGAGAUCUGAAGCCACGGCGGCCGCCGAACACAAAGGUAAAGUGAUCAUGCAUGACCCGUUUGCCAUGCGUCCGUUCUUCGGCUACAACUUCGGUCAGUAUCUGUCCCACUGGUUGAGUAUGGAGCAGCGUCCCGCCGCCAAACUGCCCAAGAUCUUCCACGUCAACUGGUUCCGCAAGAGUUCGUCCGGACGCUUCCUGUGGCCCGGAUUCGGCGAGAACAUCCGCGUGCUGGAGUGGAUGUUCCGCAGGAUCAGCGGUGAGGCCGGAGCGAUGCCCAGCGCCGUCGGGUACGUGCCCUCCGCCCUGAACCUCAGCGGCCUGCCGGAGGACGUGGAUCUGCAGGAGCUCUUCCACAUCUCAGCAGACUUCUGGUCUCAGGAGGUGGAGGAGAUCCGAGCGUACUUCCAGCGCGAGGUCAAUGACGACCUGCCCGGAGAGAUGGAGAGACAGCUGGAGCUGCUGGCUCAGAGAGUGAGACAGCUGUGAGAAACACCUGAGCAGAUUUAGAUCUAUUCGUCAGACUUCAUGAAACGCUUCUUUUAGACAUUUGUAGAGCAUUUUUUUAGUAUUUUUAGUCCUCUGAUCAGUGGCUGAUCACUUGUUUGUUAUCAUGGAGAAAAAAAAAGGUAAUUGCUCAUUUUUAUCUUGCAAUUCUGCAUUUUUUGGGGGGGGGAAAUGUUAGAUAUAAACUCAGAAUUCUAAAGAAAAAUUGGGAAUUGUUAGAUAUAAACUCGGAAUUCCGAGGAAAAAUUGGGAAUUGUUUGAUAUAAACUCAGAAUUCCAAAGAAAAAUUGGGAAUUGUGAGAUAUAAACUCGGAAUUCCGAGGAAAAAUUGGGAAUUGUUUGAUAUAAACUCGGAAUUCCAAAGAAAAAAUGGGAAUUGUUAGAUAUAAACUCGGAAUUCCGAGGAAAAAUUGGGAAUGGUUUGAUAUAAACUCGGAAUUCCAAAGAAAAAUUGGGAAUUGUUAGAUAUAAACUCGGAAUUCCAAAGAAAAAUUGGGAAUUGUGAGAUAUGAACUCUUUCAGAAUUGUAUUAAAUUCUGAGAAAACAAAUUCAGAAAAAGAGCUUCCAUAGAUUUGAGCCUUUAAUUUUUCAGCUGACAGAAGAUCUGAUGACGUCUAUGAAGAUGUAAAGAAAGGAAAUUAAAGGACUGUUUGUUAUUUAACCUUAUAAAUUAUUGAUGCAAAAUGUCCAACUACAUGUUCACAUUUAUAUAUUCAGACGGAAAACUUUAAACUGUUUGCAUCCAUUUCAUUUUUCUAAAUGUUUUAAAUUAUUUUUGUAUUUCUAUGACUUUUGAUGUCUGUCUUAUUAUAUCUAGAUAUUAAUAAUAAAGUUAUUUAAAUGUAAA